UUGAUCAGAUGUAAACUGUCAAACAUUUUUAUCAUUAUGUUUAAAGGAUAUAACGUGUAUGACACUGUGUAACUAUGGGAAAGUUGGAAGAAACAGAACCCACCGUAGAGGUGGAACACCACAAACUUGAGAUGAAACGCUCAAUAUCGUUAUUUCAUGUCAUUUCUAUAUUGUGCUCAGUUACUGGUCAUGUUUCUGUUUUCGUAGCACCUGCAGCUAUUUUAAGUUACACGGGAUCUAUAGCAUUGUCGUUGAUAUUGUGGGUUUUCGGUGGAAUUAUGAAUCUAUUUCUAGCAUUAUGCUUCACAGAAUUAGGGACUAUGUUUCCUAAAAGUGGGGGAGCAUAUGCAUACAUCCUUCAAGUAUUCGGUCCCCUGCCUGGAUUUCUUACAGCAUGGGGCUACCUAACCCUGAUCUCAGGUCCACACUGGGCUUUUUGUGCAUACAGUGCAUCUCUGUAUGCAAUGAAGCCAUUUUAUCUUGAUUGCAAGCCACCUGAUGCUGCAAUAAGACUGCUUGCGAUUUGGAUAUUGGUGACUUUUGUUGCCAUCAACUGCAGCUAUGUCAAGUUUGUGACAAAGGCCCAAAGUGUGUUGACAGUGACAAAACUCGUUGCUUUGUUGUUAAUAAUUGUGUGUGGUUUAAUCAGUUUUGUCAAAGAUGGUGCUGAGAACUUGUCAGAUCCUUGGGAAGGCACAGAAAGCAGGCCAUUUGUGAUUGCAAUGUCUUUAUUCUUUUCAGUAUUUACUUACGGAGGAUGGCAGAUUGUUACAAAUUUAAUGGAAGAAGUAAAAAAUCCAGGAAGAGACUUACCGAAGGCUGUGUAUAUAAGCAUGUUUAUCAUCACUGCUGAGUUCACCCUCACAAAUGUUGCAUACUACAUAGUAAUUGAUAAAUACGACGUCCUGCAGUCGACCACAGUUGCAAUGCUUUUCUUUGAGCGUUUUUAUCCACCCUUGAUGCCUGUUAUAUCGGCUUUAGUGGCCAUUACGGCCAUCGGAGUGUUAAACUGCUCCAUCCUUGGACAUUCCAGGGUCCUUUUUGCCGCUUCAAGAAAUGAGCAAGCUCCUGUGAUGUUUUCAAUGAUCAACACAAAGUUUCUAACACCGUGGCCAGCAAUAUUUCUUUUGACCCUAUGGUCAAUUGUGAUGCUGGUGUCCGGUGCCUUGUUUACGAUGAUGGAGUUGGUCAGUCUGUUCUCAAUCAUUCUCAGCUUUUCUGUUGUUGUUACGCAGCUUUACCUUAGAUGGAAGCAACCGCAUGCUGAAAGGCCUUACAAAACAUUUCUUUUCAUUCCAAUUUCCCAAUUCGCAUUGAUCAUCGUCGUGUUUUUCUUGUGUAUCUACCAAGAACCUUUAAAACUUGGCCGUGGCCUGGCCAUCUUAGCGGCUGGUCUUCCUGCAUAUUGGUUUGGUGUUUUAUGGAGGAAAAAGCCAAAAGUUUAUCACAGAUUCAUGAAGUAUAUAACUGUAGGAUUACAAAAGCUGCUUUCUGUUGGAAAGGCGGCAUGAUGUAUCUCCAGUUCCAACAUCAACAUAUAUGGUUGUAGUUCCGACCCUAUGAAAUGAAGUCCGUUAUGCUGAACUGUUCACAGUGUGUUUAUUGUAACAUAUCUGAAUGUAUGACCAUUCUUGGAAAUCAUUCUUAUUUUUAAGAUAGUUUUAGAACAGUAAGCGUAUUUAUUUUUCUAUCUAUUUUGCUUUUUAAUAUCCUACACUGUUAUAUGUAUUUUACAACUGAUGCUGAAUGUGUUUUUCUAGCGGCUUCAUGUUGAUUUUGUAUCUGAUGUAAUUUACUUCCUAAGUCUUACAUGUGACCCUUAUACAUUUUGUAUCUGAUUUUGUAUCUGAUAUAAUUUACUUCCUAAGUCUUACAUGUGACCCUUAUACAUUUUGUAUCUGAUGUAAUUUACUUCCGAAGUAUUACAUGUGACCCUUAUACAUUUUGUAUCUGAUUUUGUAUCUGAUGUAAUUUACUUCCUAAGUAUUACAUGUGACCCUUAUACAUUUUGUAUCUGAUUUUGUAUCUGAUGUAAUUUACUUCCGAAGUAUUACAUGUGACCCUUAUACAUUUUGUAUCUGAUUUUGUAUCUGAUGUAAUUUACUUCCGAAGUAUUACAUGUGACCCUUAUACAUUUUGUAUCUGAUUUUGUAUCUGGUGUAAUUUACUUCCGAAGUAUUACAUGUGACCCUUAUACAUUUUGUAUCUGAUUUUGUAUCUGAUGUAAUUUACUUCCGAAGUAUUACAUGUGACCCUUAUACAUUUUGUAUCUGAUUUUGUAUCUGAUGUAAUUUACUUCCGAAGUAUUACAUGUGACCCUUAUACAUUUUGUAUCUGAUUUUGUAUCUGAUGUAAUUUACUUCCGAAGUAUUACAUGUGACCCUUAUACAUUUUGUAUCUGAUUUUGUAUCUGAUGUAAUUUACUUCCUAAGUAUUACAUGUGACCCUUAUACAUUUUGUAUCUGAUUUUGUAUCUGACGUGUUGUUUGCCGUUUUUUUAUAUCUUAAACGCGCACGUGCUAAUUUAAGUCAUUCAACAUUCUAUUGCAAAUGCAUAACACUUAUAUGAAGGUAUACGAUGUAUAAAUGAGCUUUUUAUUUUUAUGGUAAUAAGGUUACAUUUUUAUGCCUGAUGUCCUCAUAUAUUGAUACAUUUGUUUUUAAUUUUGCUUUUAACUUCAACUGAAAUAACCCAUUUUCAAUCUUUCCAGGUCAAAAAAGCAUAUUAUUUCUCUACUCAUUUUAUCUUUAAAGUGAAAUCAAAAUAAUAAGCUAAACGACUAUCACAAUGUAUACCCAUUUUUUGAAAAUUGUCUAUGACGCAUAUAUAUAUAUGCGAUGUAAUUAUAUAGUGUAGGACUUGUUUUCAAAAUCACAUAAAUUUUAUCGAUCAAUUAUUGGUAUGUAUUUUGAUAUUGUUAUGUAUUAAAUGAGUGCUUGUUGAAUACCAUGACAAUGCCUGGUAUCGCUCUUUCUAUUCUUAUUUUAACCACCCAUUUUCAGUUAAAUAUAAAUCGAUACAUUCACAUCGAUCUAUAUUAAAUACACCUUAAUUUUAAGUGAUAAACCUUUAACUAUUUACAAAAUAAUGCAUUUAUGGAAAAUUUUAAAUACUGAAAACAAGAUUGUUACCGUGUAACUAAUAGCUGAAAACGCAAAAAUAUUAACUGAUUGGUGAAUGCUAAAAUAUAUACAGUGAUCAACUAUCGUCUCAUAAGGUAGAUAUACCAUGUUUUCUGCACCUUUCUUUCAAAUUGAACUCAGUAUCCCUCAUAAGAACCAUUGUUUUCGACAUUUAUUUAUCCUUUUUGGUAUAUUUAAACAAUUGUAUUAAUUGUGGUUAAUCUUAUUUGGGAGGAAUAGUGCAUCCUUAAGGCUAACCAUAGGUGUUUGCGUCUAUCGUUUGCGAGUUGGUUCCCUGCUUACUGUGUAUGCGUUAAGAUGCAACAAGGAUACACUGAGUGACUAGACAAAUUCAAAACGUGAGCGACAGUCACUGGCGUAGCUCCAAGAAGGUAACAUAGGCCGGGGCCUGAACAGCAGGGGCUGAUCCAGGAUUCGACGUUAGAGGGGGCGUAACUUAGGGGCCUACCCUUUUCACUUGCGCCCCUCCCUCAGAAACGAAAUUUAUUUUAUAUUUGAUUAAAAGUGUUGGCAGGGGGGUUAGACAAAUGGUGCAUUUUGGGCGUGUUUUAUUACUUUUCUUCUCCUAUAUUGAAAUAAAAAGUAAACUUGGACGAUUUUAGGGGGCGCACGCCCCCCCCCCCCCCCCCUGAAUCCGCUAGUAAACAGGAUUUUCAAAAACAGUAUUUUUAUAAAGUAAAAGAGAAUGCAUUUAAAACCCUUUAGAGUUUGUUUUUAUUUCUAAACGCAUCUAGUCUGGAGUUCCUUCCCCUAACACUAUCGUUAUCGGGGGGUCAGGCAAAGGCCAAUAAUGGCGGCGACCAGUGGACGCCUAUUCUGUAGGUAGGGUCGGGUAACCCAUAGCAAAUGUAUUUUUAUAGGCCUUAAAAUUGGAAAAAGGGCUUCUAAUUUAAUUGAGCUGAGAACUUAUGCACCAGUCAAUUGUAACCACGGGGAUUUUACCUUUUCUUUUUUCUUUCCAGACAAGUGAUCACCGAAACUCGAGUGUACCAUUAUAUUCUACAUAUAAAUAGUGUUCAAAUGCCGUUGUUAUAUUAACUUGAUCAACAAAAGUCAAAUAAAUGGUAACCUUAUAGCGUCCACUGGGCGCCGCCAUUAUUGGCCUUUGCCUGACGUACUGUAUGAAAUAUCAGUAAGCAGGGAACCAGACUAAAACGCAUCCUGCACUAAAGAAUUCGCGGGGGAGCACGCGUAUGUGUUUCAUUUCUGUACUUUCAACUCUAGCAUUGACUGUGUUAAUGAGUGCACGGUACAAGAAGUGUAUUACUAAUAUAAUAUAUGUAUUAGGUUUAUCAGUGAAAGCAUGUGAUCUGCGUGUUUAUUUUCCUUUUGCUUUGUUUUGUAGUGUUAUUGAGCUUUAACGUUUAUCAUGCGACGAGACCGAUAACUAGUAAGCUCGCUUUUUAAAAUAGUCACUGCUUAGUAAUGGCCCUUGAAUUGGCAAACUAUCUCGCUUAAAUACAUUUAGUUCCUAUUAGUUAAACUUAGUGAUUAAAGAAUGGGUUUACUUUCACGGAUGAGUUGAUUUACCAGCCUCUGACUCGUGAAAUUCAUUAAAUUGAUUUAUUUCAUCAAAGUUCAAUAUUAGUUCAUUGACCGUACUUUGAAACGCAUUACUCGCAUUUGUCAGCUAUUUGGCAAAAAUGAAUACAAUUUCAUGGUUAUGUCAAUGUUUUGUUAGUAAUACUAGUAGUACUCCACUGAGUUUUUUACUCUAGUUUCAAUAUAUAAGUCUGACGUAGAAUUAUUUUUUUUAUGUUACAGGGACAUUUAACCGAUGUGUUAAUUUCGUUUUUUGUUGUUGUUUUUUUUGUUUUUGUUUUUGUUUUAAACUAAAACCAUGGUUUAAUA